CUCCACUUCUCGGAUGGAGCAUUACCUUCGUUAUCUUCCUCUGUAAAAGCUUCAAUUCUCACUUAAUAAUUAAAUACCUACGCGCUUCUCUCUCAUCAAUCGAAAUGCAGAUUCCAUGUCUGGACGCGUGUAAGAACUUCACGAGCUCUCAAUCAUUUCUAGGGUUUCGUAAUCGCGACCUUUCAUCCUUCUCGAGCUCUCUUGUGGUCUUCUCCGAUCGAAAGCCUUCUCGUGGCUUCUCCUGCAGCUUUAAUGGAGGAAAAGGAAAGCCCAGAGGAGGGGUGAAGCCGAGGAAGGACGGUGGUGGCCAUAGGAUGAAGGUUAAGGAGAAAGAUAAUGUGUGGAGUGUCGACAACAAGCUUGCCAAGGAUGCAGAAAUGGCAGAGAAGGAUAAAUUAAGUCGGAGGAGGAGGAAAGGGAGGAGAGUUAAGAAUUUUGGGAAGAGGAAUACGAGUUCUAGGGUUAUGGUUUCUGAAGCUAUGUUAAUGGAGGUCGAAACCGUUUUGCAGACGCAGGAACCUGUUAUAAAACCGGCUUGGAAUACUUUUGCAAGUAGCGUCAGUGGGAUAUGGAAGGGAGUUGGAGCAGUAUUUUCGCCCAUUACUGCUGCGAUGGAGCCAAUUGAAGUUGGAAACCAAAAUGAAUACCUCUAUGACUGCUACACUCUUUCCCGCAUUGAAUCGGUGCCCUCCUCUUCAGGAGGGCGUCAUUCUCAAAUCCGAAGAAAAAUAAAUUGGGUGACUUUGAAUCCUCAUGGUGAAAUACAGCAACAGGCUGGAGGCAGCAGCAGAAGGACAGAAGCAGGUAGAGUUAGAGAUGGCUCUUCUUCCAUGAAGGAAGCUGUGGACAUGAGUGGGUUUAAUCAUGAUUUGUCUGCAUUUGAAUCAUUUGACUUUGGGACGAGUGAUAUGAUGGAAGAAGAUUUCAUGGGUAUGGAGCCUGGUCUUGUUUUCUUCGAGGACGGAUCAUAUUCUAGAGGCCCAGUCCAUGUACCAGUUGGAGAAGUAGAUGAUUCCACAUACUUCCUUUCACCAACAUUCAAGUUUGAACAGUGUCUGGUUAAAGGAUGCCACAAAAGACUGCGUAUUGUGCACACCGUAGAAUUCAGUAAUGGAGGUUCAGAUAUUCAGAUUCUGAGGGUCGCUGUAUAUGAAGAACAAUGGAUCACCCCUGCUGCUCUUGACUACCAAAGUGAUGAUCCGGAGUUAGAGCUGAAACCAUUUUCUCAGCGGAAAAGAACCCAACCAUCAGAUUUGACUGGGCCUUGGAAGGUGUUUGAAGUUAGUGCAACCCCUAUCUUUGGGGAUGACACUGUGAUUGAGGAAGGCAAUGGUGUCCCAUACGUGUAUCUCUGUACAGAAACAGUGAAAAAGAGGAGCCUGCCCGAGAAUCCUGUCUACUUUGGGGAGGAAGAGAUGCUAGACAUGCAGGAUGUGACUGUACUCUGGUUGCCAGGUGGUGUUACUGGUUAUGUUGACAUUAAAAAGGAUGGAAUUCUCUGCAUUGGAGUUGGGUGGUACUCAGAGGAAGGACUCAAUCUUGUUAUGGAGAGGGAUUAUGGGAUGGAUGGGAUGCUCAAAGACGUCCGAUGGAAAUCUGAGGUGAAGAGAAGAUGGUCAGACCCAUUACCUGUGUAAAAUUAGUGUUUUCUCCUUUUGCUCUCUCAUUUCUGUAUGUAGAUCCAAUGGUGAAGGGAAAAAAAUAAAAUAGAUGCUCAAGAGUUAUCCUCAAAUUAAGAAUUGUAAAGCUAAUUUUUUGCAGCUUUUGUACUAGUUCUUGAAUACUUGUACUGGUGUACUCUAUCUAGGUUUGAAUAGUGCUCUCA